GCUUUCGGACUCGGAGUGCGUGUCGCGUUCGUGUGUGUGUGUGCGGAAAGAUUGUACAGUUAUCGGUAUCCCUGCGUUUAUGGGGAAGAAGUGGCAAGGGGAAGAGAGAAAGACCGAGAAUGCCAAUCGCAACCUCCCUGGACGUGCUCCAAUAUUCCAGGUUUCGGACUCGAGGGACGACAUUUGAAGUGUCCGUCUCUCGGAGAUUCCUAUAAGGAUUAUACGGUAGUAUUGUAAUACACAGUACGAUUCACGCGUCGUGUGGGAGUAUCGUGUAAAAUGUCAUCGUACGUCGAUAUAGUGCCGUGUAAAAUUUUUCGUAUCGGGAGUGUCGCGUGAAGUAUCGGGUGAUCGUAAUUAUUCAUAUUUUCGCGAGUGUCGUGAGUGCUACGAAUGACCAAGAGAGGAGGAGGAGGUCCAGGGAGGCAGCGGGACAACUUUUAUAGAUCAAUGUGCUGCGUAUCACAACUCCGCUAUUGUUGCACGUAUCGGCACGAUUGCGGCGGAAGAAAGCGUCUCGUGAAAAGAUGAUCGACAGCUGAUACCGGCAAGGAGGAAACAGGAGAGUGAGAAACAUCGAACGGAACGAACCAAAAAGUCGCGAAGAAUAAGAUUAGCGAGCGGGGCACUUCGGGCACCCGCUGUUCGGCCGGCCCUGGCUCGGCUCACCGAGCGGCGGCGGAGAAGAUUGCCGGAGAUUGCCGAGCGCGUCCCGUCACGCGGCAGUUGAGUCCGAAUGCAGCCGCGCAUGGCAGUGCGUGGUGGAGCGCGGUUCGCAACGGAUCGACGACGGUAGAGUAACCGCAUCGCGGCCGUAGAACACACACACACACCGACAACAAGAGGGAGGUGAAGAGCGAGAGUAGGACAGAGAGAAACGGACGGAGAUAGAUAGAUAGAUAGAUAGAGAGAGAGAGAGCGAACGAGAUCACACCGAUUGUGAGUCUGCCGAGGAACCAUAUAGCUCCGCAACCGCCUCGAAAAUAGAACGACGUAUGCGUGUGUGUGUGCGCGCGUGCGUGUGUAUGUGUGUGUAUCUGUGUAUAUAACCCCCUCGCUAGACACGAAACGUUGACGACACGCGUGUGAACGAAAAAAAAAAAAAAAGAAAAGAAAGAAAGAAACAUGUACACGACGGGAAUACGGGAUUGCACGGCAGUAGACUGGCGGAAAGUGUAAUAGAGGAAGUGGUGGUGCACAUCGGUGGCGAUAGAAGUCUGCAUUAGCGGCGAGGACGGCGACGACGGCGACGACGACGAUACAGACGUGGUGGUGUUCCGAUAGUGUUAGUAAACGGUGACAGUACGGAGGCGCUCCGAUGAUCGUGCUUCGGUGUUGGUCCGCGCAGUAGAGAAGAGGAUAGAAGAGGAGAGAGAGAAAGAGAGAGAGAGUGAGAAGAGGAGCGCCCCCUCGUGCGGUGGUGUUGGUGCGACACGCACUUGGUUCGGCGGGGCCGCGUCUCGUCGCCGUCGUCGCCGGUCUCGCUCCGUCCUCCUGCCGUCAUCGGAGCGGCGCGGUCGUUGUCUCGCUCGGCGGCAGGCAGCGGCGGCUUCCGCUCCCUCCCGUCGUCCUCCCCGAAACGUCAUCGUCGUCGCCGUCAUCGGUCGCUCUCGCCGGAGGCCACCGCACCGAAGGCGUCGAGCCAGGCAGGCAAGCCGCUACGCAAGAUGGCUGUGUGUCGCUGACGAGGGGCCGACAAACCGGACAGGGGUACGGACAGCCCGUGGAUAGAAGCGGAACAUGCGGCUACGCGAUCGUCGGGCCCGUCCCUGAAGAGAGAGACACUGGCCAAGAAGCGAGAGGUUAAAUUUAUUGAAAAAUUUAGUGAAAAACCCAAGGAAAAAGCGGCGACUUCAAUUUACGUAACGAAAUACGUGACGAUAUCUGAUGACAGUUUUUUUUUGGAGAUUCACUGACUCAAACUGACGUGGACGCAGAACAAGAAGAAGAUUUUAAAUUAUUCAUUGGCCCUUACAUUUUGUGCUCUCUGAUAUUUUUUUGUCACCAUGGAGUCUAACGAUGAAGUUAUUAUUAUUAAUGAUGAUGAUGACAAUGAGGUUAUCAUUAUUGGCACCAACGAAGAUGUGAUACUUUUAGAAAACCCUAAAAAAGGAAUGUAUGACAUGUUCAUCCAAACACAGCAGACGAGUAGCGUCAACGGCAGCAGCAGCAGCAGCAGCAGCAGCAGCAGUAACAACACCGUUCACCAUCACAGCAAGAAGCGCAAGUUGGAUUACAACGUGAGCCAGCCGGUGAUCCAGCACGCAUUGGUCCAAUCGACCAGCGACUACCAAUUGGACAAUACCGGUCUGCAACAACGAUACUCCGUGAACGGUGCUAAUACCGCAUUUAGCUCGCUGCACAACAAUAAUGCGCUGCAGAAGAGUAGUCCGAACCAGCAGACCCUGGUACGAGCCUCGACGAUCAAGCUCUUAGAUACGUACCAACGCUGUGGCCAGAAGAGAAAGACUUGGUCGAGGGAGGGUAAUGGUGACGGCCUGGCAGUCCACUCCGCCAACGCGACGAAUGCGGUGGGUAGUACUGUAGUGUCGCAGCACCAUACCCAACAGCAACAACAGCAGCUGCAGCAACAACAGCAGCAGCAACAGCACAACAAGCAGACGAGCAUGACGGCGCAUAGCAAGCAAGUGGCCAACGCGGCCAACGGGAACGGCGGUGGCAGCAAUCCCCAGGGCGAUGGGGAUUAUCAUUUGGUGCAGCAUGAAGUCCUCUACUCCAUGACUAACCAGUAUGAGGUCCUCGAGUUUCUCGGCAGGGGUACUUUCGGACAGGUUGUAAAAUGUUGGAAAAAAGGAACGAACGAAAUAGUAGCCAUCAAAAUUCUAAAGAACCAUCCAUCGUACGCGCGCCAGGGUCAGAUUGAGGUCUCCAUCCUGUCUCGACUUAGUCAGGAAAAUGCGGAUGAGUUCAAUUUCGUGCGCGCCUACGAGUGCUUCCAACACAAAUCACAUACCUGCUUGGUAUUUGAAAUGUUGGAGCAGAAUCUCUACGAUUUCUUGAAGCAGAAUAAAUUCUCACCUCUACCUCUCAAAUACAUCAGGCCCAUUCUCCAACAAGUAUUGACCGCGUUGUUAAAAUUAAAGCAAUUAGGAUUGAUUCAUGCUGAUUUGAAACCGGAGAACAUUAUGCUAGUGGAUCCAAUGCGUCAACCGUAUCGAGUAAAGGUCAUCGAUUUCGGAUCAGCCUCGCAUGUGUCGAAAGCAGUCUGUAACACCUAUCUACAGUCGCGAUAUUACCGCGCACCCGAGAUCAUACUGGGACUUCCGUAUUGUGAAGCGAUAGAUAUGUGGUCGCUCGGCUGUGUCGUCGCAGAGCUGUUUUUGGGAUGGCCUUUAUACCCGGGCAGUUCCGAGUAUGAUCAAAUUCGAUAUAUAAGUCAAACGCAGGGCCUACCGACAGAACAUAUGUUGAACAACGCUAGCAAGACAACAAAAUUCUUUUACCGAGACAUGGACAGCACAUAUCCAUUUUGGCGGUUAAAGACACCGGAAGAACACGAAGCGGAGACUGGUAUCAAAUCCAAGGAAGCGAGGAAAUAUAUUUUUAACUGCCUUGACGAUAUCGGUCAGGUUAACGUACCGACUGAUUUAGAUGGCGGUCAACUCUUGCCAGAGAAAGCAGAUAGGAGAGAGUUCAUUGACCUCUUGAAGAGGAUGCUUACAAUGGACCAGGAGCGCCGUAUAACACCCGGCGAGGCACUGAACCACGCAUUUGUCACUCUGGCACACUUAGUCGAUUACGCGCACUGUAACAACGUCAAAGCUUCCGUCCAGAUGAUGGAGGUUUGUAGGCGCGCGGGAGACUUUACCGCGAGUCCUGCGCAUCAUCAGGCUCCGCCGGCGCCUCAACCACCUCCACCAACGUCUUUAGUAGCCAAUUUUGUACCUACUACGAAUGGCAGUGCGGUGACUCUCACCUUCAACAACCAAUUGACCAAUCAAGUGCAGCGAUUAGUCAGAGAGCACCGCACCGCGCAAACAGGAUACGACAAUCUGUACCAAAUAUAUAACAGCAGUCGACGGGCAACGCAGUACAGCGGGUCAUCUAGCGGAUCCAAUAGCGGACGAAGUGGCGUGCACGACUUUGCGCAUCAGCUGGUGCCUAGUAUAUUGUGUCCACCGCCCGGUUACCAGACGAUGCCAAGUCCUGCAAAGCACGUAGUUGUUGCUCAGCCACCGCAACCGCAACAGGCCCCUUUGCAAAUUCAACCGUCGAUUAUAUCGCAGCAAGCCGUGGCCGCAGCAGCUGCAGCUGCUCAACAACAAUACGCUGCGGUUCCCGUGUCUAUGGUCGAAACUGGUCGGCAAAUGUUGCUCACCAAUGCUGUGCAGACAUCUUGGCCUGGUGGAAGUCGUCAGAUGGCCGCUAUCGUACCGUCGUGGCAGCAACUGCCGCCACAGCAUGCAGCCAUACAACAACCACUGCUCAGCGAUGCCGGUGAUUGGGGAAGGCCUCUUAUCGUCGAUAGUUCUGCUAUUCUACAGGUAGCACCUGUCGAUAAACUGUUUGAUCAGCGGCCGGUAUUUCCUGUCACGGAGGUUUACAAUGCUAGUGCACUCGUCGAGCAUCCUUCACAGAGCUGGGGCAAGCGUACCGUCACCAAACAUCAUCAACAUCACGUUACGGUACCACAGCAGACUCAGCAUAGACACGAACAUAAGAAAGAGACGCAACAGUUGAGUCCUGUGAAGAAGAGAGUCAAAGAGAGUACACCACCCAGUAGUAUGCGACGACACUCGCCGACGUCGAGCAGUCAUUGGCAGGAACAGGCGGUGCAAUCCCAUCAUCAUAGUAGCAAGCACAGCAGUAGUCACAAUGUGGAACAUCAACCAAUCGCAUCCGUGCGACAGCAGACCAUCACAAUUGAUGAUACGCCUUCUCCAGCCGUUUCCGUUAUCACGAUUAGUGAUAGUGAAGAUGAGGCGCCUGGAAAAUGCUGCGGAGACCGUCAGUGCAGCGCCUGUCAAAGUUUGGCAACUCGCCUGUCGGGCGACGGACGUCCUGUCCGUGAAGAAGUCAUACGAAGCACUCAGUCGACGCCGCGCGUUGUGCAAAUGCAGCAGUCAACGCACACGAACAGUCAGCAACACUCGAACGGCCACGUUUCGCAUAGCAGCAGCUCGUCGUCACAUCGAGCGCAACGCAAGAACGUCAUCAGCUGUGUCACCGUCGGCGACAGCGACGGCGAAGCUAGUCCAAGCCGUACGCACGCUCAUUUAUAUCAGCAUCUGCCACAACAUCCGCAGCAUCAACAGACCACACAGUUGAUCAAGCACGAGCCGCAACAGCAACAUCACGUUAGCAGCAGUAGUUCAGGAUACUCUUCUCAGUCACAAAAGAAGCGGCUGUUGGCAAAGGUGCAGUCUGAGUGCAAUAUGGUGAACGUUGCAACUAAACCGGAACCCGGUGUCGAGUAUCUUGCUCCUCAUCCGUGUCACGCGCCAGCUUGCAAAGAGCCACCGACCUAUCAGGAUGACGUCUAUGACAUGCAUGACCACUUCUUGCAGUAUGUGACCACGAGCAGCGCGCAUCCUCAUCUUCAAGAGCAGCAUAUCGUGUAUACGACCGGCACGGAUAAACGAGUAUCCUGGCCUGGAAAACGGGCUGAAUACAAGCACGAAUACGUUCAACCACCGGCGGCACACUCUCGAGACCAUCAAAAGUGGGUGGUGGCCAAUCCUGUGCAUCAAUAUAGGCAAAGCCAGGUAGUAGGUACGGCGGCCCAUCCGAGUCAUACCCACAGUCAUCAUGGGCAUCCGACUCAUCUGAGCCCAGGCGGCAGUGGUGGCGGCAGAAGUCCCGCUGGCGGGCCCGUGAUAGGAAGUGCCCAGCAUUUGGGGCAACCUCUCUAUCAGGAAUACGCUCACGUGCGCUCGAGAGCGGUGCCACCUCCCGUAUACGUUACCGCUGCGCCUUCGCAGGCUGCUACCGCUAUUCAGCAGCAACAAGUGCCCACCUAUCAGGGAUUCACACCCGGCUCGUCUCCAUUAACGUUGUAUGAUUCUAGUCGAGCGUUGCCACCGCCAGCUCAUCACAGCUCGGCCAGACCGUUACUGGCAAGUCACGCAGCACAUCCGUUGCCUGCGCAUAUGCAGCCUACAGCUGUUUACGGAUUGGCUCCGUUAUCACCAGCCAAACACCAAUAUCAAGCUCCCAGUUUAUGGUUCACCGAAUAAAUUAUUCGAAUAUAUCCAUGUCGUGAAUAAAGAGUACGUCGAAAUGUACGAAAGCGAAAUGUAAUAAGUAAUCGCACGAAUGUUUCUGGGAACUUACGAGCCGCUUGUACCAAUCAGCGUGAACGCGUAAUCGAUUAAUGCAUAAAUUGUAACAGAAAGAGAGAGAGAGAGAGAGAAAAAGAAAGAAAAAAAGCGUGCACAUUUUUCACAUUUUUUGUGCACUUGGCCAGUAAAAACGGAGCGGGGUGGGAGCGUCCGAACUGUUGCAAUUUACGAAUACGAAUAUCGAUAUUGUGCAUACACUUAUUGUACUUGGAAUUUACGAUUGAGCAAGUUUUUGCCGAACGAAAAAGCAGUAGAGAGCAGUAGAGAUGUGUUUAAAGAUAAAAAUUUUUGACAAUCCGUCCUAUAUAUAUAUAUAUAUAUGUAUAAGCAGCGACCACUCCCUUUCGACUCCCCGCUCUCUCAUAGAAAACGAAACGCUAGAUCAGUGUAAUUAGAUCUCUUUGUAUAUGUUUGUUACGCCUCUUAUGUGUUAGAAAUAAUCCUAUCGCGACAAAUUCAUAAGAAGAUCGUAAAUGGAACAGGAUUAUCCUACUUUGACACGCGAUUAUACAUAAACAUAAACAGAAAUCUCAUUACAACUUUUCUUUCUUUUUUGUUCAAUUCGAAGAGAUAUAUAUAUAUAUACAUAUAUAUAUAUAUCUCGGCGUAUGCGGCAUGCUGUAUCAAAGUUUCGUAAGUUUCCAGAGAUUUACCGAAGUUUUAUUACGAGAAGUAAGGUUUAUAAGGACAUUGCGUGUACAGACCAAAAUUUUCUAUCGAGAUGUCCGGAUCUAUUUAACGUUCACAUGCCCACAGUUUCCCCCCUCUAUUGUAAAUAUACAUAUAUAUAAAUAUAUAUACAUAUAUAUAAAACUAGCACGUAACAUUAAAUAGAUCGGGAGCAUCGAUAUUGAGACGAUAGAAAUAUUUGUACGUGAAAUUCAGCGUCAUGCCGAAUUUCACGUGCGCGUGAAAACUGUGAAACAAAAAUAUUGUUCAUAUAUACGAUUUAUAUUUGCGAUUUAAUUUAAAAUACGAAUGAGAGUCUGCAUUUCUUUACGAUAUGUCGAGGAAACAUAUCGCGCGCGCGAGUAUCUUAUUUUUAAUGCUCUUUAACAGAAUCAUUUUUAGCGAACUUUAUAUAUCUGUAUAUAUAUAUAUAUUUUUUUUGUCUCGAUCGUUGCCACUAGCGAUCGCAAUUUCGUUCUUGUUCGUGGGAUGUUUGAUUGUAUUAAGAAAAUAUUUCGCUACGGGAUAUAGUGUGCUGUAGUCUUUUAUGAUAUUUUAUUCAUAACGGGUACUCAAAACUAACGAGGUAACCAUAUUAUUCUUCGUAGUUUGCAGCGUGUUACUCACAAGUAUACGUUAAUACACACAUACACCCAUAUAUUAUUUAGUUGUACUAUAUAUUCGGAAUUUCAGAUAGAUAUAGAUAUUCAAGUAUAUAGAGAAUUAUUCGGGUUGUCGUAAGUGUAGGAAUAUUCGUCAAAAAAAAAUAAUAUUACACGCAAGAAAUUUAGAUUCAAGUCACGAAUUUAUUAAGAUGAUUACGCGACAUCCGAAUUGACGAAAGCUUUGACGUGCCUUUUUUGGAACAGUCCUAUAAUAUUAUUUAUUUUAUUAUUACGUUAUUAUUUUCAAUCGUUUAUUUUCAUCGUCAAACGUCAUCUUUAUCGCUCUAUAGUGUUUCAUUAUCAUACCCAUCAUCAUUGCUACUAAUCGUCAUUGUUCUCAUGCCUAAUAUUUUGUUCUAAAUUGUAUAAAUAGCGUGUUAUGGGCAAUCUGCCUUAAGUUUAUGGUCUAAAACACGAAAUAGUGACCAUAGUUUUGAAAGAAUUAUGAAUUGUAUAUAGGUUUAAUGACUUCUCUCGCUAAUAUUUCUUUCUCUAGCAAUCCUUUGCAUUUUGGCUGAGGCUGUAUUGUAAAAAGAAUGUAACAAGUACAUUGCACAAAUCACACAGCGAUGAAAAAGAAAGAUAUUGGAGAAAGCGAUAGCUUCUAUUUCCACAGUAGAGUCGAGAGAUUUUUUCGAAUAUCGAGAGGGAAAGAAAAAGGCAAAAACGCAUCCUAUAUGAAAGAAAUGCCAAACAGCAAUAAAGUAUAAUAACGGAUCUUAUAUUAAAGAAUUUCUCACGGAUAUCACAAAUCGUAUAUUGCAUACAUUUCCGCAUACAUAGAUUUUCUUUUUUCUAUUAUUGUAAUGAUGUUUAGAAAGAGAGUGAGAGAGAUAAAGAGAAAAUGAGAGAGAGAGAGAGAGGUUUUUAGAAGUAGAGUUUUCAUGAAACUAGUUUUCACAAUUCCGUUCUUCUCAUCGAAUCACGUUCUUCCUCGUUGCAUUUUCUACGUCAGUAUCUAAACUAAAGUCAGCAUCUUGCAUUAAUGAUUUUUAUUUUACUUGUAGAAAAUAGAAUAUCAUCGUUCUCUCAGGCAGUAUCGUCGACGCGAUACGCGAUCUUGUUUAGGUAUCGCGUCAUUUUACGCAACUGCUAAAAUACAUGUAUUUCGUGAUUUUAUGGAAUAACGCUUAAGCAUUGUUUUGCUCUAAUUCUCUAUCGAUAAAUAAAUGUAUAAAGUGGUGUAAUAUUCAGCAUAUAUGGGAUUAAUUGCGGUAUGUUGUUUAGAGUGAUUCACGUCCAGAGUUUAAUUAGAGAUAUUUUACACGUAGAGAGAAAAAGAGAAUGUAUGUAUGUGUGUGUAUGUAUGUAUGAAAGAGAGAAAAGAAAAGGAAGGAAAAAAUUACAGAGUAUAAUAGAUAAAUGAAUAUAUAUAAGUGUAGUGUAGGGUGUAACGAAGUUUUAAACACAUGUUACCGGUAUCAUGAGAAGAGAAACCCUUUUACGCGAUACAAUAAGUAAGCGACAAACAAUAUAUACAGCUGCAAUUUAACUAUAUAUAUAUGUGUAUAUAUAUAUAUAUAUAUAUAUAUAUAUAUAUACUAUAUUUAACUUAUAGAGCAGGGCCGUUUCGGCUAUCGGGUCCAUGAUAGCCUCGCAAAUCUCUCGAGUGCCUUUAUAUCGAGAGGCAUCAUAUAUGAAUCGAUGUAAAUCUGUAAACGACUCGUCGGACUCGUUUUGGUUAAAAGAGCGACGUCUAUAGACCUCUUCUUUUUCAUUUCUCUUCUUUUGCACCUCCUUAUUUCUACAGUUACAACGCAGUUUGUCCCUCCCUUGUCUUAAGGUCUUAUAAGCGAUUUGCCCGAUAUCCCCUUUUUCGUAUACGCAUCGAUACGUUUACAUUGUACGAAAAAAAAAAAAGAAAUAUUUAAUCAACUCGAUGUGCCUGUUUAACGAAUAAUCGUAUUUACACUGGGUAAUUAAUUAACUGUAAUGGGAAAAGAGAAAGGGAUAUAAGAGUAGAAUUGGGAAGUCGUUUUUUCUUUUUCUUCGAUAUAGACUGAACGCGCUAGCGCGUUACAAUCAUCGUGUAAAGCUACGUUACGUGAGUUGACAUCCAAUUCUUGGGUUUCGACGUAACCGAGUCUGUUCACGCCUACAAUAUUGUAUAUGUAUAUACAUACAUACAUACAUACAUACAUACAUGCUUCCACAUAUAACAGUAUAGAGAGAGAUACUCGCGUCGCAUUAAUUAAAAAAAAAAAACUACCAUAUACCCUUCUCCAUGUGAGAGUCGUGAGAGAAAAAAAGAGUCAUAUCCUUAGGUUUCAUCCCCUAUACACAUAUAUGUGCGUGAGUUGUAAUAAUAGUCAUAGCACGCGUAGAGUGAUAAGUUUUUUUCUCAUUUCACAUCUUCUUUUUCGUAUAUACUUUGUAUACGAAAUCAUUAGAUCGACAGACUUUUUCAGUCACGUUUCUCUCAUUCCACUUCACGAGCAAGUCUUGACUGACGAUUAUAGGAUUUCGAUUAUCGGGAUUAUAAGAGAUGAACAUGGAUGAAACGUUGCAAUUAUUAUUAUAGAUCUCGCUAAAGUGUUAUUUUUUUCAGGAAGGGGAGGGAUUUUAUUGAACAAAAGGGUAGAGAGUAGAAAUCUUUAGGGGUGACAUAUCGACAUUUUAAUGGGUACAAAAAAAUACACGCGGACCACUAUAAUAGGUCGAUUUGAGUUUUUUCGUUGUUGCAUUUCGGAUAUGGUCUGUAUAAUUUUUCCGGUCGUCGGUCAAAGCAUGCUUACAUUCAUUUCAGAGCAUUACAUGUUGCUAAUUAAAAACAGACAUACACACAAACACAGACACACGCAUAACUACACGUAAUAAGCUAUCUAAAUAAAAAGAAGUAGAGACGCUAUAAAACGCUGUGUGAAAAAUUAAGUAAAAGAUACCGUAAUUGUAUCAAUGGUUCUAGUUGUGAUAUUUUAUUAUAAUGCUGAUAUAUUAUAUGUAUAUAUUUGUGCGCAAUUAACUUUGAGCGGGUUUCCUCGCGUGCCCGACGUAUAUAUCGCGAGAUAUAAAGCAUAGUAGAGAAGUUGUAUCUUAAUCUUAACAUAUUAAUUAUGCGGAAGAAGGGGAGGGAGGAGAUUAUACGUUGUUGCGGUAAAUAAUCCAUGAUGGUCGUUAUAUGUUAUUUGGUGAUUUUGCGAACAAUUUUUUAAAUUUCCAAUUCUAAAUCAUAUCGUACAGAUUUUCACGAUCUUUUUUCUUUCAUCUUAUCGGAGUAUCAUUCAAAAUGUAUCAAAAUUUAAUAUUGUGAUUUUUGAAAUUAAUUCGUUAUUUGUUACAAGUGUAAAAUUGCUAAAUUUCUUAAAUUGGAGAUAUAAAUCUGAUUUAUGUAUAACUAGAUCUUUGAACAAAAAAAAACUGAAAAGUAAUAUAAUUAUUUAAACAUUUACAUAAUUGCGCGCAACUGUAACAGUUACUCCUUUUGUUUGGAUAAAGUAUGAUAAUAACAUUAAGAUAUAAGUAUCUAGUUCUUUUGAUCGUUUUUGAAUAUGUACAUACGUUUCUUAUUAUAUCCGAGGGUUGGGGGGUGUGAUAUAUUAGUCUUAGGUGUAGUGCCUAAAGUGAUGAGAUUGUGUGUCUGAUAAUAAGAUUUAUUUAGCAUGGAAUCUUCGAAGUUAGUCCUGCAUCGGUUCAGGAAGAAUUCACUGGAUCGCGAAUGAUUGCCAGGAAACAAGUGUUAUUUAUAUUAAAAUUAUUCAAUUAAACAAAUUGAUGGUUUUAAUAUUAAUAAACCUUUGUCGGGACGAGAAAAAGAUAGGGAUGAAAAAGCGCGACUAAUAUUUCUUAUGCAUUGGGGCUGCAGAUUAUUUAUUAAAGUCACUGCAAAAUCGGGAAACGCUUAGAUGUGCUUAGCGUGGGAAGAAUAUUUGUGGUCAAAUGUAAAGAAAACAAGAAAAAAAGAAAAUAGGAUAAGGGGGAAGGCUUACAAUUUUUCAUUGUUAGGACUGUAAUAUUCAUCGCGUUGUACGGGAUAGUUUGUAUAAAAUUAUGUUAUCACUGUAAACAAAAAGUAACACUGACUCUCUCUCACGAGAGAGAGAGAAAGAGAAAGAGAGGUAGAUAUGUAGCUAUAUAUAUAUAAUAUAUAGGAAAGAAUAACAUAUUUUUGGAGUUAAUAGAGGAUUGAUAUUGUA